UAUAUCAAAAUCCGAAAUCCGAAGAUGACGAUCCUGCUAAUAUCACAAGUUCACAAUAAUUAUUUAAUCCUGAUGCGAAUUGCAAUCAUUAAAUUGCGGCAACUGAUAUGCUUUUCCAAAACUUGAUUAAACAAUUAGAAUGGCUACAACUUUUUUAAUACUAUAUACUUGGAAAAUUUUGCAUGGUUCUAGUGGAUUGUGUAAUUGUAACGUGAAACAUCGGAAGAUAUGGUAUGAUUAUCAUAUCAAGACAGAAGCAAUAAAUAAAAAAGCAAGCUUCUGAUACAUGAAAUACAUCUGGCCCUUAUACACAUACACGUUUUAGACAAACCUGAAAAGUCAUCUUCGUAGAAUAAUGCCAACACAUGUCAGGUAUUCACUGCAGUGUUUGCUACCCAUAUCUUUUGUUCCAUUCUUUUUCUUCACUUUACAAAAAUCAUUAAUUUUGUCCUUCAUGUUGUCGGUUCUAGUAUUGAAGGUUAUAAUUUCAUUAAAAUUUUAAAAGAAAGCAUAUUUUCUGAUAAUUACCGUUAAAUUGUUGCUGGUCGGUUGUUUUAUAAGUUUUCAAAAGAUGGAUUUGCCGUUUUACGUAUGGACUAAUUAAAAUUAACACAACGAGAAUGCGUCUAAGGUGCAUAAUUAUUGUUUUAUUCUGUCGAUUUGCAACACCCAACAAAACCACUGAUGACUAAGGGAAGAAACACACCAAUAACUUUUGAAAAAUAUAUCUGACAUUUUUGUUUUAAGAGUAGAUAUUUAAAAGUCCAAACUAGUUUUACAUAAGAAUGUACGGUAAAACAUUUUGAGUUUUUUUUUUGUUACAAACAAAAACAUUUCAAGUGAGAUUACAUGUAAACAGUAAACAAAGGAAGCAUUGUCAAUAUAUCAGCAAGUAACCAAAACCAAUUUUGAGUUCAAUACUGUCACAUUGUACCUAUAAAUAGACAGAAGAAGGCUCCAGCACUGUCAACGUACCAAACAACCGAUCUCUCUCAUCCCUCUCUACUUUUGUCUUUCAGAACACAAACUCCUAAAAACAAAAACCAAAAGAAAAAUGGAAGAAGCCCUAAGAAAGUUCAGCGAGUCUACCCACUCGCUCAUCCCCGGUUACGAACCCGACCAGUAUCCUUUAACGAGAAACUUCACCAACACAAAGUCCUCAAACCGCAAACCGGCUUCAAAAGAGACAAGAGUCACCUCUCUCGGAACUGGCAACGCCACGACGAGGUACCGCGGCGUUCGUCGUAGGCCGUGGGGACGCUACGCGGCGGAGAUACGUGAUCCAACGUCGAAGGAGAGACGGUGGCUAGGAACGUUCGACACGGCGGAGCAAGCCGCAUGUGCUUACGACUGUGCAGCACGUGCGUUUCGUGGAUCUAAGGCUCGUACGAACUUCACUUACCCUGUUGCCGUUGCUGUUCCUGAGCAUAGGUUCCCUUUCUUCCCAAAGAAAUCUUUAACGUCCGCUCGUUCUUCUGUACCGUUGGAUCACUCUACUCAUGAGUUCUACGGUACACCGGCACCGCAGAAGAUUAACAACGACGCCUCGUAUUCCUCUCGCAAAACUGCGCCGUUUAACUCUCUCAACGGCUCUUCUUCUUUUUAUUCCUACUCUCAGCCAAAAACGGCAAGCGUUUCGUCUUCCGUUUACGACUACGACACGGAGUUUUUCCCGCAAGAAUCUUCCGACUCUGGUCUCUUGGAAGAGGUCGUUAAAGAGUUCUUGAAGAAAAACCGCAACCACCCUCUUCCGCCGCCGCCGCCGAUGAUCGGAGAUCUAGAGAGCACUGGUGGUGAUUUGUCUGCUCUCUCUAACGUCUCGGACAGUUUCUUUCAACAGACAACGGAGCCUAUAACGUGGACACUAGAAGGCCACGGAAACAACAAUCAAGCUGGUGGCUCCGGUUAUUUCAACGGCGCUAUCCCCGCCGCAGACAGUGAUUUUACGUACGGAUCAGAGGCGUGGGGGUAUCAAGAAAUGUUGAUGUACGGUGGUCAGCUGGGAUGUACUUACCGCAAACCAUGGGGAUAAGCUAGAGAUAUUCAUCAUGAUAUCUAUAUUCUAUAGUUUUCAAAAGUUUCUACUUUUUUUUAUUUCUAUGUUGGAUAUUAACUAAACAGUUGUUAAGUUGAAAACUUGAAAUAACUAUAGACUUUUGAUAUGUGGUUUCUAGAUGAAGUUUAGCUUCUGUAAGUCUUUCUAAUAUUUUAGUUAUAUGAAAACUUGGAUCUUUUUCAGUCUCUACUGUUAUUGGGAUUGCAUUUUUGUAAAAUAUCACUAACUCAGUAACACUGCUGCUUCGAGAAUAUGAAAUUACUAAAUCUUUUGUUGAUAAAAAAAACUAAUCAGUUGUACGAGCAUAACUUACAGAUUAAAUGUUUACAUACAACUUAUAAUAAAAUAUAAAGUAAGUUUUUAACCUUUAUAGCAACGAUAUCGCCCCUAUUUAAAAGUGAAUCUGCAUGCAUACUGAAAAUAGGCUUUUAUUCGUACAAAAGGCAGAGUUUGUCUCUGUCUGACUGUCUCCUCCAAUUUAUCGUGCUCUCUCAAUCUAUCACCAUAUGAAAAGCCAAAUUAGUAUUGCCCUGACUAGUAAUAAAGGAUCACGAAUUUAAACCUGGAUCUUUUUUUUUUCUUUCUUUAAAAGUUGCUUUGUUCUGUGUACAAGUGAAUGAAAAUGGUCCUUACAAAGAUAUGUUCAUUACAUAGCAUAAGAGCAUCUCAAAAAAAUAUUUUAUAACUUCAAAUAUGAAGAUUUUUGCCCUCCAAAAAGAAAUUUUGAAACUUCAAAUUUAAAACUUUAUUUGAAGUUUCACUUCUCA